AUGGCGAACGGCUGGGCACCUAUCAUCGGGCUCAUAGUCACCGUCAUCUUCUGCGGCGCAGCGUGGUUCCUGGCUCCCAAAGGCGAAAACCAAACGUACGUUCACAACAUCCCUUCGCCCAAGUCCACACCCACACCUACAAAGCCCUGUUUGCGCACCAAGUCCUCUUUGGAGCUGCCCCUCGCCAACCCCGAGGAUCGAAGUGCUGGUAGAGGCAGGCGCGUCCGCUUCGUCGACGACACGAGCAGCGAUGGCAACGACAGCGAGCAAACCUCCCCGUCUACAUCUGAGAUGAGAACUUGA